AGAGAGAGAGAGAGAGAGAGAGACUUGAAAAUAGGAGGGGCUUCUGAACGACUAGAAAUGUCAAUCAGAGCUAAGAGUCCCAAUAAUCUAAAGCAAUCUGUAAGGACCUGACCUUAGUCCAUUCAGAUCAAUAGGAAAGUGAGGGAGGAAAGCGCAAUCGGAUCGUUUACAUCGGCCCUGUAUGAGGAAAUAUAGACUUCCCUUACAGUCUGUUGUGCUCACUGUAAAGUGGAUAUCGUAGUGCGUACCAAGAGGGCGAUUCCCUGCUUUUUGUGAUUACAGAAGCCUUUUUUCUACGACCAUGUCUUUCCCGCAGUUGGGAUAUCAGUAUAUCAGACCGAUAUACCCCUCGGAGCGCCAGGGUAUUGGCAGCGCUCGAGCCGGGACAGAGCUUAGCCCAUCUGGAGCUCUUUCCAACGUUCUUUCAACCAUGUACGGAUCACCUUUCGCCGCCGCGCAAGGAUAUGGAGCUUUCCUUCCUUAUUCAAAUGAUAUUUCUAUUUUCAAUCAGUUGGGACCUCAGUAUGAGUUGAAAGAUAGCCCAGGCGUUCAACACCCAGGAUUUGCUCACCAUCACCCAGCUUUUUACCCCUACGGGCAAUAUCAGUUUGGUGACCCGUCCAGACCCAAAAAUGCCACAAGGGAGAGUACCAGCACACUUAAGGCCUGGUUGAGCGAGCACCGGAAAAACCCGUACCCCACCAAAGGAGAGAAGAUCAUGCUGGCCAUCAUCACCAAAAUGACCCUCACACAAGUGUCCACCUGGUUCGCCAACGCCAGGAGAAGGCUAAAGAAAGAGAACAAGAUGACCUGGGCUCCAAGGAGCCGGACAGAUGAAGAGGGAAAUGUUUAUAGUAGUGAUCAUGAGGGGGACGAGGGAGACAAGCGGGAGGACGACGAAGAAAUUGAUUUAGAGAAUAUCGACACGGAAAAUAUCGAAAAUAAGGACGAUCUGGAUGACCAGGAUGAUCUGCACGCGGACUUGAAACUUGACGGCAGAAGCGAUUCGGAGAUUUCAGACGGUUACGAGGACUUGCCAGGACCCGAUCACAGGUUUCUCAAAGCAGUGGUAAAAGACAGCAAAGACAUUCACGGAGAUCGAGGGGAACACUUUCACCACCACACUUUAGAAAUUAAAGCGGCACACCCAAACGUCGAGCAGUUAAAACUGAACCCCGCGUCCAUUAACUCGCCACCCUCUGAGAAUAACGCGGCUCCUGCCCAGAAACCUAAAAUCUGGUCUUUGGCUGAGACUGCAACAACUCCGGACAAUCCUAGAAAGUCUCCAAUGGUGAAUGGAAACUCAGCUGCUCCUGCAACACAAGCAAUCAUCGCUCCUCACAGACUUAUCUCUUGCCCAGUUGGGAAACUUCAGAACUGGACAAACAGAGCCUUCUCAGCCCAUCAGCUCGCUUUAAUAAACUCUAACCAUUACCUCGGACUGGCCAACCAGGCUUCGGCGAACGGCCUUGCGAUGUACGCCAGACACACGGAGGACAAAAGUCAUAAUUCAGAAUCACCUGUAACAGACAGAUCUAGUGCCUUGGAAGCAGAGAAAAAGUUGUUUAAAACAGCCUUCCACCCAGUUCAAAGACGGCCUCAGAACCAGCUAGAAGCCGCGCUGGUUCUAUCGGCGCUGUCCUCUUCGUAGGCGCUAUAUUUUGUAUAUUUUAUUUUAAUCAGUUGUAUGGAAUGUAAAAUAAGAAUAUUGUCUGUCUGUAUACUUACAUUGUAAGCAUGUCCCGUGUAAAACUGCUAAUGUAAUAUUGUAUGAACAUGUAGUCAGUGAGGUUUUCUUUUUGUAAGUUCCGUGAGGAUUUGGUGUUCAAAAUGUUUUGUAUAUAAGGAAAAUGUACAUAUGUGUGAACCAAAUUGUACAAGAAAGUAUAUAUUUUGGCUAAUAAAUGAACUGUUGCAACUUUA